AUGGCCACCUUGAAGGAGAAGAGAACAUGCGGCCAGCGGUGUGAAGACUUUGGGCACUUUAUCUGGAACUCGGACAAUGGGACCUUAAUGGGCAGAACGCCAGCGAAAUGGGUGUACAUCAGUCUGUACUAUCUGGCGUUCUAUGUGGUGAUGACAGGCCUCUUUUCGUUGGCCAUCUGGACGCUCAUGUACACAGUGAAUCCUUAUUCCCCGGACUACCAAGAUCGACUCAAGUCUCCAGGGGUGAUGGUUUGGCCAGACAGCUAUACGGAUGAGGUUAUCGAGAUCACCUAUAACACAUCGGAUAAGGCCAGCUGGAUGAAGAAGUCUGAAUGCCUCCAUCACUUCCUGAAACCAUAUAACGACACCUUACAGCAGGAAUGCAACUCCUAUAACUGCACCAAGGGAAAGUACUUCAUUCAGAACAGCUUUUCUGCCCCUGAUCACACCAAGUGGGCGUGCCCCUUCACACAAAGCAUGCUGGGACCCUGCUCGGGACUUGAGGACCCCACCUUUGGCUACAACUGCACCAUGCCUUGCGUCAUCAUUAAGAUGAACAGGAUCAUCGAGUUUUUGCCCUCGAACAAAACUCAGCAGCCACCAUAUGUCAACUGUACCGUGCUGGAGGGACAUGGAAAUAUUGCAAAAAUGGAGUAUUUCCCUCCAAAUGGAAUAAUGGACCUGUCCUACUUCCCAUAUUAUGGCAAAAUAGCACAGCCCACCUAUGUCAACCCGCUGGUUGCCGUUCGAUUCCACCUGGUCGAGGAGAAGCACGCCAAGAUCCAGUGCCGCGUGGUCUCUGACAAGAUCACCUAUGAAAACUUCUACGAACCCUACGAGGGAAAGGUCAUCUUCUACCUCAAGGCUGUGAAGUGA